ACCUUCAUCGACCGCCUAAUUUGCAAUUUUGACAAUAAAACUCAUGUCUGGUUUUUCGAUUUAGUCAGUCCGACCGAUGGGGAGGAAAAAGAUCGACAGUUCACAGGCCUCAUGUGAAUUUACCUUCGGCACACAUGGUUUGGAGAACCUGGAGUCCUCCUACCCUACACUUCUGAAAGUUGCCGGAUCCCGUGAGCUGCCGCUGCUGGAUUUGUCUUCUAUUCAAAUGGAAUUGGAACAAAUUCUCGCCAGCGUUGUGGAGCGUAUGAUUUGCUUACAAUCCGAGUCAAAAGGAAAAGAAUUACCUGCCAGCGUCGUUUCUGCAAUCAAACGUCAUCACAGAAACAGAGAAGCUGAAUCUAAUCAAAAGUGUCUCUCGAAACCGUCGUUAGUUGUGAAAGCUAAUCCUGAUAAACCCCUCACUUUGAUCAUAUCUCAACGUUCUGGUCCUUGUCCUAAUCCCCAGACAACGCUACCAAGUGUUUCAACUUCAGUAAAACCUGCAUUCGGUUUGAGGCGAUCUAGCAGGUCUUCAGUUGAAGAAGUAUCGGAACUCUGUUCACCAGCAUCUCCUGACAAAACUCUGUUGACUUCAAGUUACGUUAUUCCGAACAAGUUUUGGGAGCUUAUGGAACCUUAUUGUGCUGAGAUAACAGAAGCAAAUGUCAGUUACUUGGAAGGCCUUAUUCGAUCAUAUCAACAAUUAGAAUCAAUUUAUUUUCAUUUACCUGUGCUUAAACAAAAUGAGGCGUGUAAACAGGAAGCUAUUGAAGCACCAGUUCAAAAAAGGCUUAGACGUGAUUUUUCUCAGAUUACUCAACAGACUACAAUUGAUGACACCUUGUAUGCAUCGAAUAAAUCUCAUUCAUUCAUGGCGGCUACUCAAAUGCUCUAUAUGAAUAAAUACUUGGAAAUGGAGUUAAAGAAGCCUAUUCCCGAGUCUUCUAUGCUGUGUAAAAUAUCUCAAUCUCUUUUGGAAUCAUGCUAUCAAAAUGAUGUAUUGACGAGUAUCCAUGAAAAACUGCAUUUACGUACACACAAAGCCAACCCAAAUAAUGAAGUUGAAGAUAAUUGUUCAGCAUGCACUGAUCCUAGUGGUUCAGAUUACGGCAGUGUAUCAACGGAAGCUCUUCAUAUAAAUGGUGUUAAUGAUGGUGGUCAUUCGUCAAAUAAUAUCCAUUCACAAGUGAAUCAAUCAUCCUCUGGAUCUGGUUCAAUUAAUCGUAACCUGUCAAUUGAUCCAAAUACACUCACUUCACUUGCUAGCCAACCACUUAAAAGUAUAGCUAAGCAGUUUCGUGUCAGUUCAUCAUAUCGGGUAGAAAAGAAGAUUGCUCAGGCGAUUGAGGAAUUAGGCUUAUUUCCAUUAAGUAUUUUGCAUCCGAAAGUUUCACCUCCGGUUGAUUGUAAAGAAGACCGUGGUUCACACAAAUCACCUUCCACUGCAUUGUUCAAUGGUCCUGCUUCGCAUUCUACUAAACUAAUUAUUCGCAAGAAUAAAACCACUUCUUCGACUUCUAAUAAAUCUGAUGUCCAAACGUCACCCGAUCGAAGUCCUAUUUCAAAGAAACGCUGCAUAAUUGACGAAAGGACAAUAUCCCCAUUACCGGAAACUGCAUGUAACACUGUAUCAAAUUCAGUCGAUUAUCUAGACGAUGAAAAUCCUACUGAAGAAGGUUUACAUGUAAAAACUGAAGAUAUUCAUAUUAAUCCAAUAGAUGGAAGUGAUAAAGUUAGAUCUCCUUGGCACACAAAAAGAUCAAAUCAAAAGAAGCUAAAAAGUCCAAAAUCAAUACGUUAUAAAAAUAGACUACGAAAUAUUGUGAAUAAUAAUAAUAAUAAUAAUAAAACUGAUCUACUUUGCAAUGGAUUAUCUCCCAGUAGAAAUGAUUCGAUUUUGUCAAAGAAAUCAGAUUGUCUACCCAAUCUUUAUGCUGAUCAACGCCUCCUUAAUGCUGAUACUGAGUGUUACAAUGGCACAAAUGAUUAUCUGUUAAGACAUGAGCAGGAUAUUGAUGUCUCUCUUCCAUUCAGUCCUCGUAGACGAAAUACCUUCCCUGCUCACUUACUAUCGGAUAACGAGAGACGAUCUUCCGAAUCGAUUGGUGGUCUCACAAAUCUACACCAGCCUUCCUUAUGGCAUGAUCAAUUUUCACCAAAUCAUCUCUCUGUAUCUAAUUGUAACGGAGAUACUAAACUUUUAGCUGACUAUUCAGAGAAGCAUAAAUCACUUCUUAUGAAUGGUGAUUCGUCAUUAUCUCAGGUGCAUAAUGAAAACUUGAUAGAACACAAUCUAUCUAGAGAUAAGUUAAAUCUAAGUUGUAACUCUCUCCAUGAAGAUUAUGAACGAAGUCAAGUUCUCGAAUUCAGUUCACUUCAAAAUAAUGACCUCACCACUACUCCACUUCAUAACUGCAGAUUAAAGCCUAAAACAGAAUGUAGUUGGAUGGAAGAGUCGAAUAAAACAACAGAUCAUAUUACAGGCAAGACUAGUCUUCAAAUUUCUACAUCUAUGCAAAAUAAUGAUAUAAAGUCAACAGACGAUGAUGUCCUUCCAUCACACCUUCAAAAUCCCAUGUUUAAUACAGACACAGGAUCACCAACACAAUAUGCACUCUGUGGUGAUGAUAUUGGUUGGGCUAUAAUUCAACGUCAACGAGAACUACGAUUCCUGUGUACAUCUAACCAUCGAGUUCUUCGACGACUUGUCCAAGCAGCUAGACGAGAUAUGCAACGUCAAGAAAUACAAAGACGUUUAGCAAUUGCAGAUGCUGAUGUUAUUGAAGCGUAUAAUAAACUUGAAAGUUAUCGUCCACAACGUAGGCCUCCUUUGAAACGUGAUCGUGAUAUGGCUUGGAAAGCAUUGAAGGAACGUCGUAAAAUACUCAAGGAAUUGGAAGCAUUCGAUGCUAAGUCUCCUUAAUACUACUACUAAUAAUAAUAAUAAUAUGUGAUGAUUAGAUAUAAUUUUAUUGUAUUUUCCAAAUGUGUACAUAGUUAAAAGCCUUUUCUUCCUCUUAAAUGUAAUAUAAACCUAAUAUUUCAACCUUAACCCCGUAUUACUUUAUGCGCAAAAGACUCAGUUUACAUACCUUCAAGGAAAUUUGUUGUCUGUCCUACUUCAGAAUAUGUAUAUAUAUGCAUAUGCUGGGGUGGUGUACCCGACGUCUUUAAUAGUUUUAUGUUUAUUUAUCUUCACUAAAACUUGUAUUGUACAGAUAUUAUUUUUAAAAAAAUAUGUGUGUGUCUACACACACCUAGCAGUAAGUUGGGGGUUACCAGCAGUCUUCUUUGUGUUCUUAUUUCCCUGAUACACAGUUCUCAUUAUAUUGUCAUCAUUUUAUCUAUCCUUCUUUUGUUUUGUCUAAAUAUAUAUAUGCAUAUUGCAUAUAAGCAUAUUGCAGCUAUUGUAUUUCUGUUGUAAUAUGUGCGUGUGUGUAGUAUUAUGUUAUGAUUCAUCACAAAUUGGUAGUCGUUAAAUAAUAAUAAUAUAAGUAUUUGUGCUACCUAUCAAAUAUUCUUUCUGCCUGAUGAAUGAUGAAAUAACUCUGAUAGUAAUAUACAACUGCAUGUAUGUUUUGCUUUCAUUCAUAUAAGAAUAAAACUUGUGCACUGUGGCGGUAGAGUGUAAUUCCAUUAUGGGUAAAAUUUUGUUUUGAUAAAGUCUCACAGUGUUGUUAUACAGUAAUGUUUACUGAUGACCACGUUUCGAGCACAAUUUAUUACUGCUCAUAAUCA